CAGGACGGGAGGUUGUGAAUAGAAGGACACGGGCUCCGUGAACUGAGGCGUGGGCCGGCAUCGGGCACCAGGCAGCGGGCUGCGCGGUUCUGUAUGUCGGCCGAUAGGUCUCUUUGAGACGCCGUUCAGUUUCGGUUCGUUUUAAAGAAAAGAACAUGGCCUCCCGAACAGCAACAACGGCGGCGGGCUGUUUAACGCGGGGGAGUUUCUGUCCCGUCGCCCUCCGCGCCCCCCUGCGCCCCCGGAGCUUAUCGGCGGCGAGCAGCCGGCUCUGCGGCUCCCAACCGGAGACCCAGCGGCACAGAAGGCCAAAGCGAUCUGCCCUCAGACCAGCGGCCAGCCCCACGCACGACUGGAUCGGUCCGCCGAACCCGCUCUCGAACCUGCGGCCGAUCGUUUACCGCGUCCCCGAGGGCGAAUCGGAGCUGGAGAAACGGCUGAGACGCCUCAGGCAGGAGACGGAGGACUGGAACCACGACUUCUGGACCAAGCAGAACGUCACCUUCAGCCAGGAAAAGGAUGCUUUCAUGAGCUCGCAGCUGAAGACGGAAGGCUUGACUGCGCGUGAUGGGCACGGACACCGGCGGACCCUGAACAGUGAAGAAAUGGCCGUGUUUUACAAGAGCUUCCUGGACAAAAACAGAGAACGACACGCAAAGUACAACAGGGAAUGGUACCGACGAAACUUCACCAUCACCUUGCUCAUGGCCCGAGUCGCCCUGAGCAACAUGUGGAGGACUGUUAGACACAACAGCAAGAAAAACCGCUCUCCUACCACCUGAUAAUAAAUAAACUACUCACCCACCCUCCUAUUAAGA